UUGGUUUUAAGUUCCAAAAAAGAAAAAGAAAAAACCAAAAAAUGGGGAACAGUCUAGGAGGAAAAAAAACAACAAAAGUGAUGAAAAUCGAUGGACAAACGAUGAAAUUCAAAACCCCAGUUUAUGCAAUCGAGGUUCUGAAAAAUUAUCCAUCGAUGGUAUUAUUAGAAUCAGAAGAAGUAAAGCAUUACGGGGUUCGAGCAAAGCCACUAGAACCUCAACAAGAGUUAAAAUCUAAAAGGCUUUAUUUUCUCGUUGAAUUACCUAAAUUCCCCGAAGAGAAUAAAAAAAGUACGAGAAGGGUCCGGUCCGCGAUCCAAAUGAGCGCGAAGGAUCGUCUAGAGACACUUAUGUUAGCGCGGAGAUCCACGUCUGACUUGUCAAUCAUGAAGCCAGCUAGUAUUGUAACUGAAGAGUGUUCGUCUUAUCAUAAUAAUAAUAAUAAUAAUAGCUCUGCUUCAGAUAUACUCAAUAAUGGUGGGCCGUCUCAGGCCCACCCUACGAGACUGAAGUUGAGGUUAUCGAAAGUGGAGGUAGAGAAAUUGAUGAUGGAGAGCAAAGAUGAGAAUGAGGUGGCUGAGAAAAUUAUGAAACUUUGCAUGAAUACCAACAAUUGUGGAAGUGGUGCUUUGAUGGAACAACAAAGUCAUAAUAAUGGAGGAAUAGUUAAGAAAGGAGUCAAAUCACGAGAGAAACGAGUAGGAUUUAUGCCAAUUACAGAAGGAGAGAUUCAAGUAGCAGUCGCUGCUUCUUAAACAAGAAAAAAAACAUUCUAUAGCAAGUAAUAAUAAUAAUAAUAAUAUAGAUAAUCGGUGUAAAUAAUUUUUAUAUAAUAUUCCGUCUUUUACUUUUUUUAUGAUGUAAGAUUUAUUUAAGAUAUUAUUUGAAUUUACUAGCUUAUACGUGUUAUGUG